UUUUCCGCAACGAGGAUUGACUGUGGCUAUGCCACGUGGCAUUGAGCCUGCAGAAGGGAAAAAAGAACAUCCAUUUGAAUUGGAUAACUUGAAUUCGGAGUGUUAAUUAAUGGCAAUAAUGGCUGCUCUUGCACUGCAGCAGCAUUUGUUCAAAUUUUCAAAACGUAAUUCAUGGGUUCCUCAAAGGAACUAUUUGAAACCCAUAAAGAUUAGUAAAGUUAGAUUGAUUUCUUGUUCAUCUUCUGAGACGACAUCAACAAACACUGCAGAGUCUUGUGUUAACUUGGGUCUAUCUCUCUUUUCUAAAGGAAGAGUAAAGGACGCCCUUUCUCAGUUUGAGACAGCACUUACUUUAGAUCCAACCCCAAUAGAAUGUCAAGCUGCACUAUAUAACAAAGCCUGCUGCCAUGCGUAUCGAGGGGAAGGAAAGAAAGCAGCAGAAUGUUUGAGAACUUGUUUAAGGGAAUAUGAACUCAAAUUUGGAACGAUUCUCAAUGAUCCAGAUUUGGCAUCCUUCAGAGCUUUGCCUGAAUUCAAAGAAUUGCAAGAAGAGGCUAGGCUAGGUGGGGAGGACAUUGGAUAUAGUUUCAGGAGAGAUCUUAAGCUCAUCAGUGAAGUUCAAGCACCAUUUCGUGGGGUCAGGAAAUUCUUUUACGUGGCCUUUGCUGCAGCUGCUGGAAUUUCAACCUUCUUUACUGUACCUAGGCUUAUUCGUGCAAUUCAAGGUGGUGAUGGUGCUCCUGAUCUCUUGGAAACUGCCGGAAAUGGUGCCAUAAAUAUUGGAGGUUUCGCUAUACUGGUGGCAUUAUUUAUAUGGGAUAGCAAGAAGGAAGAGGAGCAGCUUGCGCAAAUAACUCGUGAUGAAACUCUAUCAAGAUUGCCUUUGCGUCUUUCAACCAGUCGGAUUGUUGAACUCAUGCAGCUGCGAGACAACGCUAGGCCGGUUAUCCUGGCUGGGAAAAAGGAGACCGUUUCUCUUGCCAUUCAAAGGGCCGAACGUUUCAGAAUGGAACUCCUUAAACGAGGAGUGAUUUUGGUCCCUGUCAUAUUUGGAGAAGGUAAAAAGCCGCAAAUCGAAAAGAAAGGCUUUGGUGGUUCUGCAAAGGCUUCUACAUCUCUUCCUUCUAUUGGGGAUGAUUUUGAGAGUCGAGCUCAGUCAAUAUCUGCCAAGUCACGGUUGAAAGCAGAAGUCAGGUUCAAGGCUGAGGUUGUCUCGCCCACUGAAUGGGAAAGGUGGAUUCGUGAUCAACAAAAGUCUGAAGGUGUUACACCUGGUGAAGAUGUGUAUAUAAUAUUACGGUUAGAUGGUCGUGUUCGAAGAUCAGGAAGGGGCAUGCCUGAUUGGGAACAAAUUGUGAAUGAACUGCCUCAAAUGGAUGCAUUACUUAGCAAGCUUGAAAAAUAAAAAUAUUUCAAAAAAGCUCUAAAGAUGAAAAGUGAAGUUAUGUUUCAUUACUUACACAUUGAAUUAGGGAACUAGAUCGAUGACUCGAUGUCCUUGUAAAAUUGUUGUUAUAUUUUGUAAACUGGGGUCUUUUUUUUUCUUCCCGUACAUUGCUAGCUUUCUUAGCAUAUUAUCUUAUAAUUUGAGACCAGAUUUAAAUGAAGAGAAAACUACAUGUGAGAUGUUUUAGACAAGUUUAUUGGUUGUUAGGAUUUUCGAGUUCAGACAAUUUAGACUUCAAUGAUAUGCAAAUGAAAUUAACAUUGAAUCA